GCUGCUUGUAGACGAACCAAUAUGCUGAACUUCUUUGCUAAAAUUUAAGUGCGAAGACGCUUACAGUAUUUAAAAUUGAACGUAGCUUGAAAUCGUAGCUUUCAUGAUGUGACAUUUAGCACGUAAUUUAUUAGAGAUAUUGUAUGAUUGGUAAAUUUUCAUUAUUUUUGAUCGUUGUAAAUUCAUUUUAAACACGCUGAUGAAUCAAAUUAAUUUCUUUGUGUGAGGGUAGCCGAAUAGGAUGUCCACAAGGUCAGCUUGAAAUUUAAUGUUAGAAUAACAAACGUGUAAAUACGGCGCGUCUUUAUUUUUAUUUCUCAUAGAACAUUUCUAUUUGUAUAUACAGUAUAGGCUUUCAAUUGGAAGUAAUAGUCAAUGCUCAGCAUGGAAGAAGGCAACAGCAAUGAAUGUUUGAGAAAAGAUAAAUGUGAAAAUAAACAAAGUCAAAGAUUCCGAAUGACGUGGAAGCGGCCGCUGGAAUUCCUUCUGAAUAUAGUGGGAUACACUAUCGGACUGGGAAACAUUUGGAGAUUUUCGUAUCUUUGCUACAAAAAUGGGGGAGGAGCAUUUCUCAUACCAUACUUUCUCGUGGCAGCUCUAUGUGGCGUACCUUUGUUCUUUCAAGAAAUUGCCAUGGGACAAUUCUCGAAACGGAGCUGUUUAAACGCAUGGAAUAUAGUUCCGGCGGUGAAGGGCAUUGGUUAUGCUCAACUACUUCUUUCCUGGUAUUAUCUCAGCUAUCUCGCUGUGCUGAUGGCUUGGAUUGUAUUUUAUCUUGUAAACUCGUUCACUACAGAAGCCUUACCUUGGUCAACUUGUGAUAAUGAAUGGAAUACAGAUAUGUGCCAAUCAAGAGAUACUUCGGAAAAUCUUAGUACUUCUAUUACAAUAAAAAACGUAACAAGGAAUGGUACUUCUCCAACAAACGAGUUUUGGACAAAUCACGUGUUGAGGCGAACAGAUGGAAUUCAUGACAUGGGUAGUUUUACAAACUGGAGAAUGAUGUUGUGCUUCCUAUUUUCGUGGUUUGUCAGUUAUUUGUGCGUUUUUAAAGGAAUACGGACAACGGGAAAGGUAGCUUAUGUCACUGUUAUUGCUCCGUACAUCAUGCUUCUGAUUCUUCUUGUUCGCGGAGCAACCCUCGAAGGUGCUGAUAGUGGUGUUUGGUAUUUUAUCACUCCUCAGUUGGACCGCUUAGCCGAUGCAUCAGUAUGGUUAGACGCUGGAGGGCAAGUUCUUUUUACUCUGGGUGUGUGUUUUGCUGUACUUUAUGGCCUUGGGAGUUACAAUGAAUACCAUACAGACUGCUACAAACACUCAAUUAUUUGCGUUUGCAUCUGUUGUGGAACUUCUAUAUUUGCUGGAUUAGUAAUAUUCUGCUUUCUGGGUCACAUGGCUCAUGUGCAAGGCAAGGAUAUAUCGGAAGUCGCGGAAAACGGUCCGGGACUUGUAUUUGAAGUAUUUCCCGCUGGUUUAAGUUUAUUACCAUUACCACAAGUAUGGUCCAUCAUAUUUUUCACCGUUCUCUUUCUCAUUGCAAUUGAUACAUCGUUUGGAACUAUAGAAGGUUGUGUCGCACUGUGCGAGGACAUAAGCCCGCGAUGGCAUGAUCGACUGGGAUCUCAACUGUUCAGAAUGGUCGUUUGUUUGAUCCCGUUUCUUCUUGGUAUCCCGAUGCUUUUUGACGGUGGAAUAUAUGUUUUUGAGCUUUUCAAUAUGUAUGGAAACAGCGGCAUUUGUAUCUUGUUCGUGGCGUUUUGUGAAGCUGCAGCACUGGCAUGGAUUUACGGCGUUGAAAGAUUUUUCGAUGACGUUAAGUCAAUGAUUGGAUAUUAUCCCAACGUUUACUUUCGAUACUGUUACAAAUAUUUUGUUCCAGCUAUAACUCUGCUCAUCUUCAGUGUAUAUUGUGUAACAUAUUCUCCAGUAAAAAUCGGUGACUAUACAUACCCGGAAUGGGCAAAUGCGAUUGGGUGGAUCCUCAUGCUACUUGUUAUCGGUCCAAUUCCAUUGUUUUUUUUGAUGACAUUGAAAAAAGAACACGGUACACUGGCGGAGAGAUGGAAUCGAGCCAUCGAAAGUCGAAUCAAGCGACAAGAAAUUCCAGUCAAUUCGGAGGAGGCCACUCAACUCAAGGAAGAAAAAGUUUAGGACUGGAUUGUGUAAUAAAAACUAAGUCUGUCAGGCGGAUCAUAGUUGUACCUAUAGCUCCGACAUAUUUUAAAUGCCGACUGAGUAUCCAAAAAACUUUUGACGUAGACUACUCUGUUUUAGUUGAAAAUUUGGACUCCGACUCUCGAAAUUCAGAUUCGUGAAGUUUUGAAUCACAACUCCAGUUCCAAUUAGAAUACUAACAAAACGAUACUCGACUGCACAAUCCUGGUUUGAACGAACACAUCUUGAUAUUGUCAUUGAAUAUGAAUUGUCAUUAAAUUGUAUUGCUAUUCAUUGAAGAAAGUAAUCUAAUCUAAUGUUAUGUUACCAUUAGGCUGCGUGGGUGAAAUAAUCCCUAAAAAGGAUAUUAUAUUGAAAUAAGCUACCGCUAAAAGUGCACACAAUUUCAUUGUUUUGACUUUGUAUUGUAUAGACUGGGCAUCAGCAAAUCACUUGUUAAGAGCAGACUUUUUCAGCCGAUAUUGAUUUUUUAAGAGAAAAAUAUACAAUACACGGCCAGUAAUCCAACCAUUUAAAUCAUUUACCAAUUGCUUGCCAAUUGCAGUAUCCCUAUUUGAAAAUAUUUUUCUAGAUUGCAAUUGCUUUCGUUGGAUUUUUUUUGCCCGUAAGGAUAAAGAAAAUGAUGCGAUAAAAAAAUUUCCGUGGCCUCCUUAGACCUUAGACUUGCCGUACUCGAGUUAGUAUAAAUUAUAAAGAGAGCAUAGUUAUUGAAGCUAAAAUUACAAAAGUUUCAAUUUGUAAUCAAAUCCACUCUGAUGUGCAUGCAGACAACUCCCGCGUUCGCAUGCGGCGUAUCAAUUUGAACAACUUCCCGCGUAUGAAUUUGGACGCGCAGUUUAUUUUUUCGAUAGAUCGAUAAAUCAAAACCCUGGUUUCAAGUUGUUCUGGGUGUGUUCUAUGCUUUGUAGUAGUAAAGAAGUGACAUGUUUUUUUUUUACAAUCAGGCCAUGUAUAUUACGACAGGUGAAAAGAAUAGAAACUGCGUUUCCAAAUAUUUUUAAAAAAAGACUAUCGUAUAGAUAUAGAAUAUAGAUAAAACUCAUUACAUAUGAAAAACUCGGCAAUAUAUGCUUUCGUGGAAUUGGAAACACUAGAUUGUAGCAGUGUCAAAAAUGCACAGUUAUCGUAGUUUACGGGUUAUGUUACCUAAGUAAAUCAUACGAGCAUGCUUGUUAUCGCACUGGUGAUCAUCCUGUGCAGUAUUGGGUUUACAUAGGUUAAAAUACAAAGAUUACAUACAAAAGUCUUAGUUGGUCUCCUAAAUGGUUUAGAUGUACCACAAAAUGACAAUUAUUACUCUUUUCACAAUUUUAUUUAUCGCAUGCUUAAAUCCUUUGGGUCAUAAAGAAAUAUCCAUCUAUAGCAGUGGUUGAUCUUUGCGAACCUGUCGAAUUCCUACGUUAUUCUGCCAGCUUCCACCGAACCCCAAAAUAUUUAACAGUUAAAGUCAAUCUUGUGCAAGGCUAUAAAAUGCAACCAUCUUCAAUUGCUUGCGUAUAAAUUCGAUGCGUUACUAUUUAGCAUAGAUUGAGUUUUUACAUUUUAAGGGAAUACACUCUCACAGGUUUAUCUACUAGUUAUUACAUUAAUAUAGUUCGUCGUUUUUUAUUUAGUUUCAAACUGCGGUGUUGCCUCUGUUUGAAAAAUAGGCGAAUAUAUAAAUAGGCGAAUUGCCUCUUGAAAGGGAGAAAACGGAGGACCGAACGAGUUAGGACAGAGUUGACUUGAGUAUAUUAGUUAUUUAUAUUAUACCGUGCUCUUAAUAAAUCUCUCGGAAUUUAAGACUGUGAUACUGUAUUCGGAGAGUUGAACAAGUAUAUAUAGCAGACGUAUAUGUAUAUAUAUAUAGCACAUCGUACUACGACGUUUAUAAAGAAAGGGAGGAAGAAUAUUAAUAAAACAACGGUACGAUCCCUGCAGGCUGUUACCGCGAUGGACCUUUUAGUCUGAAAAUCUCACGCGCUUCGUCGCGUUCGAUUUAUAUAUAGAUAUAAGGUCUGUUAUAGAAUGACCUGUAUUUUUGGUAUUAGUUAUGGUAAUAUAGUUAAAUUGACAAAUGUGAGUGAUUUUACGAGGUAUGAAAAAUAUGCAAUUAAUAAAGUUAGUUGGUUUUCUAGAAGAUGAUAGCAGAGCUUCAUUAGUUAUAGUCCGGCAGAUAUGGGGUCGUUUUGGGCCCAACCUUGUUUUCAGACAUAAAGUUUUUUUAAAUUUGUUAUUAUUCAUCUAGGG